ACAAGUAUGAGUUUGGAGUGGAGUUUCCGGUUAGCGUAGUGACGUGAAGUUUUCAACGUGUUGCUGUUGUGCGUUGUGCGCCCGCCGCCACUAUCGCGACCGCCGUGAAGUGCGCAUCGUUAGUACCGAGUUGUGUGUACAUAUAAAUGGCGGCUGACGAAAAAUGGUACUUUACGAAAGAACAGCUUAUAAACACGCCGAGCAGAAGAUGCGGCAUCGACGCGGAUAAGGAACUGAGCUACCGACAGCAGGCAGCGAAUUUCAUUCAGGAUAUGGGACAGCGGCUCGUGGUGACACAAUUAUGUAUCAACACAGCAAUAGUGUACAUGCACAGGUUCUAUGUAUUCCACUCGCUGUCACAUUUCCACAGGAACGCAAUUGCAGCAGCAGCACUAUUUUUAGCAGCAAAAGUAGAAGAACAACCGCGCAAGUUAGAACAUGUUAUCAAAAUGGCACAUAUGUGUCUCCACAGAGAUCAGCCCCCACCUGAUGUCAGGUCUGAGCAAUACCUUGAACAAGCUCAGGAUCUGGUUUUCAAUGAAAAUGUCCUACUACAAACUUUGGGGUUUGAUGUCGCCAUUGAUCAUCCCCACACACAUGUUGUUAGGUGUUGUCAACUGGUUAAAGCGAGCAAGGACUUAGCCCAGACUUCAUACUUCAUGGCAUCUAACAGUUUGCAUUUGACAACCAUGUGUCUGCAGUACAAGCCAACCGUAGUUGCCUGUUUUUGCAUACAUCUUGCGUGCAAAUGGUCCAACUGGGAGAUACCACAAAGUACUGAAGGGAAGCACUGGUUCUGGUACGUCGAUAAAAGCGUAACGUCUGAACUUUUACAAGAGCUUACAGCAGAAUUCCUCCAUAUAUUUGAUAAGUGCCCGUCAAGAUUGAAACGAAAAAUAAUGAGCAUAUCCGCCAAUCAAAGUCCAAGCAUUAAUCAUCCUAGUUUACCGAAUUCACCCUUUGAUGCGGAACCUCGCAAGGUACAAUCUCCUGCGACGACGGCCGACGGUGGACCUACAUUCCAUUCGAAUCGACCUCAUCAGAUGGAGAAGCAAGAAGAGAAGAAGCAAAUUGCACCAGCAUCCUCAAGACCCCCUGUCGAUUAUCGGGAGUAUAGAGAGAAGAAGGAACGCGAGCGUUUGGAAAGGGAAAAGGCGUCGGUUACAACGACAGUUGCCCAGAGUCAUGUGUCAGAUAUUAAUAAGCAUCAUUCGCAUCACCACAAACUCGUAUCUAGUACAAAUGUGCUAAACAAACAUCCACUGCCCCCUGGACAGAAGGCGCUUCACCACAAUCAUCACCACAGACCAGAUAUAAAGGUUGGACAACCAGUACCUCAGAGGCACUCAAGUAGCGCUCAAGCUAGGGAACCAAAUCGCGAUCCCAAUAGGCAGAGGUUACAAAGAGAGUACAAUUCGAAUACUGGUACAAGUAGCAGUAGUAGUAGUAGUGCUCUUCAUUCUCAUAGUCACGCGGUAUCGAAGGAGUCAAGUUUGGAUAAUUCAUUGACGGAUUCCGCCACUCACAGAUCGGAUGUCGGAGCAUUGCAAGAGCCAACGUCCCAUGGAAGUAUACAGGAGAAACUUAGUAAUAAUAACCAUAGUGUGCACAGAUUAAGUGCAGUAGAAAGCAAAUACCAGGGUCAUGACAAACGAAUGUAUGAUCCGAGGCAUAAACCUGUUGAACAUAGGAAAGAUAGUGAACAAAAGCCAUACAAAUAUCCCGAUCCAACAAGAGAAUAUCGACAAAAAAAGUCUGAUACGUUAGAGCAGAGGUGUGAAGAGGUGAGGAAGCUUAUCGAGAAGCCAUUACCUCCGCCCAAGCCUCCACUCGACGUACCGUACGCUUCGAAUACACAGAAGCCACCACAUCAUACGAAAUACAAUCAAUCGGAGAAACUACAGGCUAGCAGUGGCGCAGUUUCUACCGACGUGAAACUUCCCACUGGCCAGAGUUCGUUUUCACAGGAAAAAUCACCAACCAGUUCCAGUUCGACCUCGUUGCUUACACAGAAGUCGUUAACCUCGAAGACGGUGUCCAGUCAGCACACAGCUCACGGUGUGUCCCAAAUAAUAAAGGAUACGAUUAAAAAUGGUAGUUCUCAGUCGUCGAGUUUGUCAUCUUUGAACAAUCUCGACGAUCAAAAAACUGAAAAGCGACCACGGCACGAUGACAUAGAGAAAAAUUCGUCUGACAUGCAGCAAAGUGUGUUACAGACACCUCCUAACAAGCCGAAAUCGCUAUUCAGUCCAGAGAAAGUACCAACGCCUCGCGAAUCUCAUUCGCAGAGGCCUAAGACUAAGCAAAAGACGCCGCCUUCGGCUGCAAAAGUUCCUAAACAAGAACGCGUACCAGAUACGUCGAUAGGCUUUAAUUUAGUAUCGCCGUUCGCGAGCCCGCCAGGCUUGCAACAGCAAGAAACACAAACAGUUAAACGAUUGGCCAGUGAUGUUUCCACAACAUCCUCUCACAAAAGGCAUCGUACAGGCAGCACCACCACCGAAGUAGGACAACAGGUUCAAAAAGUGAAAAUAGACGAUACUUCGAGUUUCGAGGCUGCUAAGAUGCUCGGUAGGGUACCAGAACUGAUACAACCUAUCAGAGAUAAUCCAUCGGCAAAUGGUAGAGCCACUCAGAUCGCGAACGACAUGAAACCACCGGAACUCAUCAGACCGUUCGACUCUGAGCCAACGAUAUCACGCUUCGGUACAGUGUCUACACAGCAACAAGUUUCGUCGAAUCAACAAGGUCUGACCAAUGGUCUGGACAACAAUUUAGUGAAGCAAGAUUCUCAGGAGUUUCUAAUUAAGAAGGAGCCUACGUACAAGACGGACUUGUCAAUGAAAGUAGAACACUCCCAAGCUAAAGGCGAAUAUUUGUCGCCAAUGAAAUCCGCUCAAAGUAUAAGUGCUCUGCUUCAAGAGCCUUUAGCACCAAUGCCAUCGUUGUUGCAGAACAUGCAGCAAUUUAGUCAAAUACCGUCGCAGCAAGUUCACCAGGAUCAAUUCCAGCAACAGCAGUUACAACAGCUUCAGCAACAGCAAUCAUCGCAACAACAACACCAGCCAUCUAUAUCACACUCGAUGCUACUCACACAUCAAGAACCCGUUCAAACUCAAUGCAUGUCUUUGUCAUCGGUCAGCGAGCCUGUUAUAGCGUCGACCGUUGACAUAAGCGCUCUCUCUAUUCCCAUACAGACCAGUACAGAAUCCAUACUAUCUGUACCAACGUCGACAACCAUAACCGUUCCACCUCCCGCAGAAGAAAAGAGAUCGGAGCAUCACAAGAGCGAGAAGAAGAAGAAGAAAGAGAAGCAUAAACACAAGGACAAGGAUAAGAGCAAAGAGAAGCACAAGCACAAGCAUAAAGACAAGGACAAGGAGAAGCACCGGGAAAAGGACAAAGAGAAGGGCGAUGAGACUGUACCUGCGGUACCUAUUAAAAUCACUAUUCCUAAGGACAAAUUGAAUCUGAGCACAGAAUCGACAAGUAGCACCGGCGGAAGUACAAUUCCACCGGAUAAGAACAAAUCACCCCAGAAUACAAGCAUCAAGAUCAUUAUCCCGAAGGAACGGUUAAAAGGUACCGACAGUGUGUCAAGUUCACCGGCUCAGUCGAUGGUCCAGGCACCGUUGAAGAUCAAAAUCCGUACGGAUGGAAUCUCAAGGAGUUCAGGUGCUCCGUCGACGACGAGCAGUACGAGCAGUAGCAUCGUGCCGGAGUUCACGAACGAGAGUCGUAAACGUGACCGUUCGGAGAUAAAGGAGAGCCCAACUACCAGUGUUCCACCAACGAAGAAGCAAUCGCAGGUCUCGUCGGCGGGUUACGGACAGCAUCGGCCUGGAGAACGGCAGAACGGCAGACACUAUAGUUCAGGCAGCAAUAACAAGGUACGUGGAGGCGGUAGCCAGUAUGUCGGGCGUGGUCCACCACCAGCAGGAUCGGCGGGCCAUUACAGUGCUCCCGGCCAGCGCGACGGCUACUAUCAGCAAGACACCUACAUUAGUAACAGUACCCGUAAUCCUCAUCAUCCACCCCAUCCACCAUCCGCUCGUGGUGAUCCAAAUUACACGAGGGCUGGCCAUGUGAAUCAAUCACAACCAGAUUCUUAUUUCUUUGCCAAUUAUCCGCCGCCCUCGAUGUACAAUCCUGCCGGAUACAUUUACGAUCAUCUCAUGUACUAUUCACAGUAUCAGCAACAGUACCCUAUGUAUCCGACGGGUAACGUGAUCAUGACACCGGACGGUGCCAUCGACACGUCUGUACCACCACCAUCCUUACCGCCUAACAUGCGACAAAAUCAAAGCAUGAUCCCAGUUACGUCUACUCGGCAGGAACCCAAAACACCGCCACCGUUGCCGAGUGAACCACCUCCCAGUUCCUCUCCACCUCCACCCCCGCCACCAGAAUAACGUUCGUACGGAAAUCCUGUCUUGUAGUGGACUUCAGAGGUAGUUUCCAAUGUAGCGGUAGUAACUGCAGCCACUUCUUUCGUCUAUUCUCUUAUACUCUAUUCUCUC